AUACCUUUUGCGAGACUACCGCAGUGAUCGCUAUACAAAUAAGAAAAAUUAACACGUGCGUGCUUCUAGAGUCUAGAGGUUCGCUUCGCAUCUGUUGUCGAUGUGAUGUUGAAAACGUACACUCUGCUUGGACAUGACUUAAUUUCACUUUCUUCAGAGAAAAAUUGCCCUUGUUAUACUCAAACAACUGUGGAUUAAUUGCGUUAAACAUUAAAUGAAAUAACUGUAAAGCUAUGAAAGACAUUACGCUGAGGUAAAUGAUUAUUGCAGUUGGAGAGGCUAGACUUGAAAAUGUUGCUCCGGCCUGGACAUUUAUUUACCUUUUUGAGUAAAAAUGCAUCACGACAGCAAUGGAAAGCGGUGGAAGACCUUGGACUUGUUGUUGGACCUUACUGUUUCAGGAGACAUCUGUCUGGGUCACACACUCCAAAAAAGAAUCAUAUUGUCCAAGACAUAGUCAUUCACAAGAGGACUAUUACGUGGUCUCAACUUCUAUCAAGUACUGAUAAGCAAAAGACUGAAGGUCUUAAGAAAAAGAGUAAGCAAACCAACACUGAAAGCAUUGAGAAAGAUGAAUUAGUUAUUAAACAAGCAAUCAUCAGUGAACCAAUUCUCAUAACUGCACCCGCUAUUGAGUCUCUGCCCUCUGAUGUGGAAAAACUGGGAAGCAAAGAUGCAAAAGCUGCAAAGGCGAAACGAAUGCGAGUUGAUCUUACUAAAACAUCUUUGGAAAGGAAUUUUAUCACUCCAGUACGAGCUAUGUCAGAUUUUCUUCUUAAGCCAACAGACCUUGAAGGACUAAGAAAGACAAAACGAAGAUCACCUAUUGAAAAUGAACCACCAAUCACAGUCUAUUGGAGGAAAGACGUUGAGUCAAGAGCUAAUGAAGUUUGGGGGUCAAAGGAGCAGCUAUUGAAUGAAAUUGUGAGACGAGAAAUGGAACACAGAAGCUACCAACAAAAUAUGUACGCUGUCAAGCGACAACUUCGGGAUUAUCUCAAACUGCAAGAGCGUGUACAUUCACGUGAUGAAGAGUUUGCCAAGGAAUCAGGUCUAUUUGGACCUUCUGGAAGAGUUGUUCUCACAGCAGUUGUCAUAAAUGGAUGCAACUUUUUAUUUAAACUUGCUGCAUGGCUGUACACUGGGUCACACAGUAUGUUUGCUGAAACUGUACACUCUUUAGCUGAUACAAUUAACCAACUUAUCCUUGCCUAUGGUAUCUACAAAUCAACCCAAAGAGCUGAUGUUGAGCACCCGUAUGGAUACAGCAACAUGCGCUAUGUUGCAUCCUUAAUAUCAGGUGUUGGUAUUUUCUGUGUUGGAACAGGCUUAUCAUUUUAUCAUGGUGUUUUAGGCCUUAUUGACCCUGCUCCCCUAGCAGACUUUUACUGGGCAUUUUUUAUCUUAGGAGGCUCACUGUUGUCUGAAGGUGCCACUUUAAUUAUGGCUAUCAAUGCAAUUCGCCAAGGAGCUGCACGGCAUAACAUGACUUUCACCAAAUAUAUACUGGCUAGCAGAGACCCCAGUGUUAAUGUAGUGUUGCUAGAGGACCUAGCUGCGGUGAUGGGUGUUGCAGUCUGCUCCACUUGCAUGGGUCUUACUCAUUAUUAUGGUAGCCACAUUCCUGAUGCUGUGGGCUCCCUACUUGUUGGUGGGCUGCUUGGAGGAGUUGCAUCUUUCAUUAUUUAUACAAAUGUUGCUGGAUUAGUUGGGCGGUCUAUUCCAUACGAUCAACUUGAAAGGAUCAAUUCUGAGUUAGAAUCAGAUGUGAUGGUGCGAGCAAUCCAUGAUGUCAAGGGUAUUGAUAUGGGUAACUUUCUUGUACGAUACAAGGCUGAAAUUGAUUUUGAUGGAAGAGAACUAACUCGUUCAUAUCUCGACAAACAAGACUUGCAGUUGAUGCUUAAUGAAGUUAAAACUUUCAAAGAUAUUGACGAACUUGAAAGCUUUAUGGUGAAGCAUGGAGAAAAUAUUGUAGAUUUGAUGGGUGGUGAGAUAGAUCGCAUUGAACUUAAACUUAGGACUAAACAUCCAGAAAUCAGACAUUGUGAUCUAGAAAUCCUUUAAAACUCAACUGUGAUGGGGUCCUUCCUUGCAUUACCAAAUAGGUUGUUAAACCAAUGUAAUGAAUUCCAAGAAAUGCUUCUAAAGCAAAGGAUCUUUAUUUAUUUUCAAAAGUGCUGCAUCGGAAAAUGUGAAUCAACUACUGCUAUGCACUUUUAUUUUGUUAAAGAGUUAUACUGUAGUUGUGUGGUGAUGGUGCAGUAUUCUGCUUCACUCUUCAGUACUUUGGAAUAUUUGAAGAAUGGUACUGAGGAACUAUUUAUUAAACCGAUUUUAUAGGACUAAUUUACUUCGCCAAUGCUUACUAGAUUUUGAAUCUAGACAAAUAUAAUGUAACAUUAUUUUGUUAUUGUCUUGUCAGUAAUUCUUAUAAAAAGUUAAUAGUUUUUUAUCAUUUACAUGUAAUGGUUAAAGGAUGAAUGACAAUACACCAUUAGGUAUAGUACACGAUUUAAAAGCAUGUCUAAUGAAACCACGAUAGAAAACAAAAAAUGUAACUAAGAAAAUCAAAAACUUACUUUCCCUCCUGUUAAAUUUGUUUAUUCUCUGAAUGUAUCCCUUUUUUAGCUUCUAGUAUAGACAUUGGUUUUAUGUGAUCUGUUUUAGACGUGGUGCUAUUCAUUCCUAGAAUAAGUUUACUCUACCUAAUUUCUCUCAUGUCUGCUAGGGAUCUCAUUUUGAUCUAGCAAGAGUUGUGAUAUUUCUGCUGUGCUUCUUUAUGCACCACCCGAAAAAUUUCUUUCUCCUUUGUAAAUAAGGCAAUUAGGCCAUCACAUUACUUGGAUGUUUCUCUUGAUUUAUUAAGAAUUGUGUCUUUUGUAUUGAUCCUUAGCUACUCGCAAAGAAAUAAAUAAAAGGAAUGAGAGAAUGCCGCUCCAUA